CAUUUCCUCGUACCAUUUACUUCAUUUAGCUGACUUUCAAAAGUCAAUUCGCAAAGCAAGAGUUUCGACGCAUCAACACAAUCGAAGGCCGGAGUAGAAAGACCAUGCUCCAUUCGCCAAACGUGACAGCACCUUUUACAGUCCGCAAUCUUUUAAAUUUACCAGAGUACAAUUCGGUAAGUUUUCAAGAAGCUGGUCCAGUCGAAUGCUUGACACACAUGACUUCGGUCCACGUUAUGCCAAACAAGAAUGAGGAAAAUGCAAACAACGGACUGCCAUUACACGAAAAUCAUCAUCCGAAAUUUAUAUAUCCAGAAACGCCGAGAUCGAUGUACCUGAAGAACGACGUAAACCACCACGCGAAUCUAAGCGGAUCGCACGCUCAUAUUCUCGAGCCCCCGUGCCCUCCAGUGUCAAUGGAAUCACAGUUAAACAACAAGUCAGAAAGCCAAGAGAUCACUCAAGAGCUUCAGCAUACACAACACACUUCGCCUAACGCCAACGAGAUGCAUCAUCAAGUCACAAAUCCCGGCUUAGCCACAUCCGAAGUGCCCAACAAACAGAAACGUAUACGACGGAAACCACGAGUCUUGUUCUCCCAAGCGCAAGUCUAUGAGCUAGAACGGCGAUUCAAGCAACAAAAGUAUCUAUCGGCACCCGAGAGAGAUCACCUCGCAAGCAUGUUAAAGCUUACAUCCAAUCAAGUAAAGAUCUGGUUCCAGAAUAAACGCUACAAAUGUAAGAAGCAAGCACUGGAAAACAAAGCGCGGACGGCCGGUAUGGAGUCUUGGUAUGGCCUGCCGCCAGAGCCUCGUAGAGUAGCCGUGCCUGUUCUCGUACGAGAUGGCGAACCGUGCUUGGGAAGAGAACCCUAUGGUUUAAAUAUGAACAUGAAUAUGAACAUGAACUUCGCCCCGCAUUACAUGAACAUGUACCCACCACCACAGAACAACCAUUUAGCAAACAGAACAUGGUAACUGUUAAGUCUAACCUCGCGAUAAUCGAAGAAACAAGCAUUCCCUAUGACACUGCAAAGCAGGACAAGAAUGAACAACUCUUAUCAAUGACACUAAGCAGAGACGCGAGAUAUUUAAAUUUUUCUGGUGAAAGUAGAGGAAAGAUAUGAGUUACAUAAGCCAGAAAAUAUUCUAGAAAGCAAAGAAAACAAUAAUAUUUAGACGAUAUUUUUAAGAAAAAAUGCCGGCUACCUUUAUCGUGUAAAUUAAGAAAAGGUAAGAAAUGUUAAUAAUUAUUGAUACGUAAGAGUUAAACACUGUACCAAAAGCAUACAUCCAAUCGCUCCAUGUACACAUUUUGUAAAUUUCGUUUAUGUAAGCCUGUUGUGUGAGGCGCUAAGUUUGCCACCUUGCACUGAUAAAUUUCACACGGAAAGAGGGUGUAAUAUUUCAACAGAGAUAUAUUUCCCACAGACGAAGUCAAAGCAUAAAUUUAUAAAUAGGAAAAAAAUAGACGAAUUAAGAUAUGUUGGGCGUCAUAAGCAAAAUACACGUGCGACACUGGCAAAUUCAAUAUCGGAUGAACAUGGACAUAAUAUAGAUCUAAGGUUGACUUCAUUUCACAGUAUUGAACAUUCGUUUAAGAAAGAAUUAAUUCAAGAAAACUUAAAAUACCACAGAAAAGUAACUAGCAACAAGAUGCUUUUUUCCUCCUUUCUUUUUUAAAUAGAUUGCAGUUCUAACUUCGUGCCUUCUCGUAUCUAUUUUUCACAAGUGAGGACCAGCUUUGGAAUUAGGCUGUCAAAACCUAUGUGUGAAUUUUGGCGAUAUCUUGAUGAUGAGUCCAAGAUAAGCAAUCAAGUAACUGAGAACUUGUCACAGCGUAACUCGUGCGUGCAUGGUUUUAAUGUUCACCUCGCGAUACAAGAAUAAUUAACGAUAAAAGCAGACAGAAGUUGCUUUGAACAGGAACACCGCGAGUAUAAAGAUAGCUUUUAAAGUAAUUACAUUCACUAGAAGUUAAUUGGCGAUUUGUGGUACACACAUUGUGAAAAGAGGCCAACACCAACGAGAGAUUCAAAACACAAGGCUAUUAUAUUAUAUCCAUUAAGAUAUAUAUGUUCCGUGUCUCAAAUAUGAAGAUGAAGCCAGUGUUUUUAAAUCUGCCGGCUUGCUUAUGUCAGCUGUUACAUAAAAAACGGGUCAUCCUUUCGUACUUUUGACGCAAAAAUUUUUAUUUUUGGUUUAUUUCAACGUGUUCCUUUUAAACGAAUAAAAUUUUAAAUUGAAAACACCACU